UGGUGGGACACCAUUUACUCGGUACAAAAUGUUGCUGUAUUCGGUGUUACAUUGCAGAUUACACCUUCAUCACGUGAUAUAACACCGCACUACACGAACACUGCACUAAAAUCGCAUUCCGAACUCUAAAAAGCUGCACUUAAAAUUUGUCAAAAAAAAAGAAGUGUAUGUGUUAGUGAUUUGACGCUAACCUCAAAAAAUAUCAUUUUUAUUUUCGUUGUUUUUUAAAAAGUUUUGUGUAUAAUAAAUAAUGUUCUACCACAUUUCUCUUGAGCACGAAAUCUUGCUCCAUCCCCAAUAUUUUGGGCCCCAACUGCUGGAAAAAGUGAAAACCAAGCUGUACACUGAAGUGGAAGGCACUUGUACCGGCAAGUAUGGUUUUGUAAUAGCUGUAACAACAAUAGACAGCAUAGGAGCAGGCCUGAUACUCCCUGGACAGGGCUUUGUAGUUUACCCAGUCAAAUAUAAGGCAAUAGUGUUCAGGCCUUUCAAAGGAGAAGUGCUGGAUGCAGUAGUACGGCAAGUUAAUAAAGUUGGCAUGUUUGCAGAAAUUGGCCCAUUAUCCUGCUUUAUUUCCCAUCAUUCUAUACCAGCAGAAAUGGAAUUCUGCCCUAAUGUAAAUCCUCAAUGUUACAAAACCAAAGAAGAGGAUGUUGUUAUUCAUGCUGAAGGAGAGAUAAGACUUAAAAUUGUGGGUACCAGAGUAGAUGCCAGCGGAAUUUUUGCUAUUGGAACUCUCAUGGAUGAUUAUCUCGGAUUGAUUAGUAAUUAAAUGUUAUUUUAAGAUUCCUGUAUUUUUAUUAAAAUUUUUAUUUCAAGUAGUUUUUAUUAAUCAUGUGGUCGGGGAUAUCAGAGGGUAUUGAAAAAGAAACAAUUUAUUAUUAAAAAAUUAAAUGGCAUUUAUUCACAUAGGUUAUUUUCUGUACCAAAUGCUUAUGUGAAUAUUUGGUGAUUUGUCAUCUUCUUUGUAUAAGCCUUGUUUCCUAUGAAUAUUUUAAUAUUUUUUGAGUUCUUUUGUGGAUCUAUCACCUGCUUAGGUGUUAAAUAGACUUCAUCUCUUGGUUUAUUGUUUCUUAUUAAUUUUCCAAGAUUUGCUUUUUUUUCAAGAUAAGCUGCUAAUGCUCUCUCAUUCUCUUGCUUACUCAAUAUCAUUUGCUUAUUUCUAUCAAUAAUAAGUUUGGAAAUUUGGUUGUCUUUCUGUGUCUGUGUUAGAAUUUUUGGUUCAGUGUCAAUGAUAUUAGGCAUUUCAGUUUCCUUUCUUAUAUUAACAGACAUUUUUGGUUCGGUCUCAAUGAUAUUAGGCAUAUCAGUUUCUUUUGUAACAGAGUUAGAGGCAUCAUUAUUGCAUUGCACUCUUUGCUUCUUUUGAAGUUCUAGUGACAUUGUGACUGAGCAUUCUUCAUCAUCAGGGCCGCUCCUCUUGUUGUUUGUCAAUUGUUGAUGAUAUGCGGUGAAUUUCUCUAGUCCUUUAAUUUGCAAUGAUUUGCCUAACUUGAGAAAUUCAGCCAUUUGAUUUUGGGGCACGUCCACCUCACCUUUAUACAUAAACUCCACAAUGGCUUCUAGUUCUUGGAAUUUUGCAUCUCUCAAAAUUAAAAUGGGAUGUUUAUCAUAUUCUUCUGUUAAUAACAACUCGAAAUAGGGACUGCACGCUGAAAGAACAAGCCUGUGUGCUUUCAGACGUUUGCCUUCAGCUGCCAAUGUGACGUCCACUAGUUUUCCAUUCUGUAGUAGAUUAUUACAUAGUGAUAGGACUUUUGGUUGGUGGUGGUCCCAUGUAACGUGGAAAUUCUCCUCCAUCUUAUUUGGCAACAAUAUAUCACAAUUCAAGUUAGAUCUCUCAAGUUACAGUCUUUUCUUUAUUAUACAGAAGCUAGAACAUGGAAAUUUGCUUCCAUUGAAGAGGUGUGCUUGGAAUAGUAAAUGAGCUGUAAAAAAGAUGAAAUUGACUCCCCUGCUAUAUCAGUUACAUAGAUAUGCACUUAAAACCAACUUUAAGUAUUUAUUUGAAAUCAACUUACCUAAAAUCCCUUUUUGUGGGUUAAAUUUGAAACCACAUCAAAACUUUAUCAGUGAUCAAUGACCAAUGGAAAAUGAACUACUUAAGUACUUGAACUGUAAACAUUUGAUUUGUAUGCAGCUAUUUUUUUAUCAGCAGAAGUACCUAAUCUUCUAGCUAAUAAAUAAUAAUAAUAAUAAUGGAUGGAUCGGCAUUAUUUGGCAAUGUUUUUUGAAAACGAA